CCAAAUUAGGACAGUUUAUCUCRCUAUUUGUCAACUGAAAUAUCGAGAUAAUGAUGUCUAAAACCACAUGAGAUUUUGGUUUUUACGUCACUGUGGGCCGGGGGGGCUUGGCAACACACGCGAGUAGAGUUCGUUAGCUCUACCUUGAUUUUUUCGGAUUUUCCGUUUUUUUCCCAUUCACAAGGUUAACACGCUAAAUUCUAAUUCAAACUGUGAGUUAGCCGUGCCCUGACAUAGAUCUGCUCUUAGGUUGUCCCAGGAUAUCAAAAAAUUAAGGCUUCCCCUCCUUCCUUCAGAAGCCAAUAACAGGUGUUUUAUUAACUACAUAAGCUCURCAGGAAGCCCAGCUCUACCUCAUCUAAUAUUAUUUGUCUAGCCAACACAGUUAAUGACGAGAGUAUCGAUUGAAAAAUAACUACUGACUACAGCUAAUGACCAAAAUAUCUCUUGAAAAAUAACCACUAAUUAGAGCAUGAUAUGGUUUAUAAAACGGUCAUCAUUUGCAGAAACUAAAUCAGUUKUGACCGGCCCUUGGACGCUCUACCUCAGUCAUGGGCUGGUGGAUAAGAGGUGUGCGAAUUGCCCAAAUCCUGUGGAUGUUUUACGAAGCUUUCUACCUGAUAAUACUGGUAAAUGCUAACGGCUGCAAAGAUAUGGUUUUUAAAGUAACAAUGGAAGGUAAAGCUCUUGCAAACCACGUCUUUAAAACAAUACCAGCGGUUAUCAACGAUGGAAACUGCGAGUCAAUGUGUUUUCAGGAUGAUCGCUGUAUCUCGUACAACUUCGGUACCAGUGCGAGUGGAGAGAAAUACAUGUGUGAGCUGAGCGAGUCUGACCACAUUAUGCACCCUGAACAUCUAGYGAACAGACGAGGCACCAUCUACAGGAGUGCUGAGAACACCUGCAGCUGCCUUAAAAAUACCACGUGCAGAUUCAACUUUGUUGACGGRACGCACCGAUGUGAAUGCAAGCCUGGCUUUGUAGGAGAAAAUUGUGCAGAAUUCAAUCCAUGCGCAAGUGCACCUUGUCUUAAUGGAGGCAAAUGCAGAGAUAUUGACAGAUCCCUUGAUCAAAAGGGGUAUGCCUGURACUGUUCUGAGGGAUACGCAGGAGUUAACUGUGAGAAUGGAGUGUAUUCAAGUGAGACACUGUUUUCCUGGAACGCCGCUUUGCAGGUCUGUAAAGAAAAGUCGAUGAAUCUCCCAUCCAUUCACAGCGAUGAAGAAAACGAAAGAAUCAGAAACUUGACUCGCGGUCCUUUGGUGUGGAUAGGUUUGAGACUGAAAACCAAUAGAUGGUUCUCCUUUUGGACCUGGUCUGAUGGAUCUUGGUAUGACUACCGCAAAGGGUGGGGAAACUACUAUAACGGUGGCUGCGUGUAUAUGGAUAAGGAAAGCGGGAAGUGGAUGGCAUUGUCAUGCGAUAAAAACCUCGCUGCCUUUUAUAUUUGUGCGACCGUUUAAAGUGAGGGACUGCGGAGCAGUUACUUUUUAGCGGCAUACAACAGGUAUAUAUGCUUCCUAUUGUGUAGCACCAGCUUGCAGGAAAAAUAACUUUAAAAAAAAUCUCAUUUAAUCAUUUUACCACAGGUAGACCCAAACUGAUAUUCUUCUUCUUUGCACGCUCGUCAUUGAU